AACGGCCAGCGUGGAUGCUUCACAGACGGAAAGAGAAACGGCCAGCGUGGAUGCUUCACAUACGGAAAGAGAAACGGCCAGCGUGGAUGCUUCACAUACGGAAAGAGAAACGGCCAGCGUGGAUGCUUCACAGACUGAAACAGCAAGUGCAGAUGGUUCACAGAAGGAAAGAAAAACAGCCAGCGUAGAUGCUUCAGAAACAGCCAGUGCAGACGCUUCACAGACGGAAAGAGAAACGGCCAGCGUGGAUGCUUCACAGACGGAAAGAGAAACAGCCAGUGCUGAUGCUUCGCAGGCAGUCGGAGAAACCGUUGGCUCAGAUGCACCCCAGACUGUGGAAGAAACAGGCAAUACAAAUGCUUCACAGACUAAUGGUGGAACAGACAGCACAGACAUACCUCUGGACAUGGGAGUAGUGGAUGCCGAUGAUGAGAUGGAGGUCAAUGCUAUCAAAGUGGAGGAGGAACAGAUGCAGGAGGAACACAACUUGGAGGGGAUGCCCGUGAUAACUGCUGUGGAAGAGGGCAGCGACAUGGACGCUUUUAGCAGCAACUCCCUGGAUCAUGGGGAUGAAGUGGAGAAGAUGGACACCGGGACAGAUGCACUGACAGAGAAGCAACGAGAGAAGCCCAGUAAGCCCAAGGACACCGAGCAACCUGCUGAGCAGACCAGCUUUGAGGAGGCUAGCGGCUCGUCUCCACCUAUGGAGGGGGACCGUUCUGAAGAUGUCAAACCAUUUCACCCCAGUCCCACCUCUAGCGAAGCUUUUCUCCCACAGAACAGUAAAGGCUCUGACAGUCCUGCAGGGCUGGAGAAUGGAGUGACAGGACAGCCAGUCAAAGCUGUGGACUCUGCCCAGCCGACAGCAGAGCCUGUGUCCACCCGCGUUGACACCCUCUCCAUGGUGAAUGUGAAGGAUGAGCCAGUAGAUGAGGAGUAUGACCAGGCCCUGGCUCCAGUCGUCCUCACAGAGGGCGUCAAGGAUGAACCAGACGCAGCGGAGGAGUUGAAAAUCAGUAACGUCUUCUCUGUGGGCGGCGCCCCUACCCCAAUCGCCACAUCCAUACCAGUGACCUCCCUCUCCAAGACUGUAAUGCCUCCCUUGACCCCGGCCGCCUCCUCCAUCCCUCCGCUGAUGCCCAUGGCUAUGCGGGUGGCCUGCUCGGCCUGUAACAAGGUGUUACUGAAGGGCCAAACAGCCUACCAGAGGAAGGGCUCCUCGGACCUCUUCUGCUCCACGUCCUGUCUCACCUCCUAUAGUCCCCCGUCUGUCGUCAAGACGACUGCCCCCUGCCCAGCCAAGAAACCCUGCCACUACUGCCUCAAGGAGAUUGCAAACCCCAAGGACGUGAUAACAGCUCCUGUGGACACCAUGGGCACGGUGAAGGACUUCUGUAGCCAGACCUGCCUCUCCUCCUUCAACUUCAAGAGGAACUCUGCCGUCUCCACCCUCUCCUCCUCCCUCUCCACCAUGACUGGGGCCGUCAAGUGCAGCAUGUGCAAAAAGGCCUGCAUUAGUAAACAUGAGGUGAUCUUCCAGGGCAGCAUGCACAGGCUGUGCAGCGAGGUGUGCUUCACGCGCUUCCGCUCCACCAACAAGCUGUCCAUGAACAGCUGUCAGAGCUGCAACAACUACUGCUAUGGCAAGGUCACCGUGCUGGUCAUGCAGGGGGUCAAUAAGACCUUCUGCAGCGCCGGCUGUGUCACCACCUUCAAACAGAAAGCUAAGAAGUCUGUGGCGUGUACUAUGUGCCGCAAGUUCCGCGCACCGGUGGAGAUGGUCGACAGUGCCGACUCUGAUGGCAAGCUGGAGAUGUUCUGCUCUACUGGCUGUGUUACAGCCCACAAAGUACAGACCGUCAGCUCCUCAGGUGCUCAGGUAGAGUGCAACACCUGUGGUCAGAAGACUGUGCCCUCCUUCCACCUGGCCAUGUCGGACGGCUCCAUCCGGAACUUCUGCACCAUGAACUGUGUCGUCACCUUUCAGGAUCAGUUCAAUAAGAGCAACUCCCAGAGCCAGAUGAACGUGACCCCGGGGACAGGGACCACCGCGGCACCGGGCCAGACCAGGGACAGGGGAUCCCAAGGGACCAAACUGCCCUGCUUCCAGUGCCACCACCUAUUCUCCUCCAAGCCCGAGCUCAUUCAGUUCAAGGAUAAGAUGGUAUUCCUCUGUUCGGUAAAUUGCUCCGAGGAGUACAGAAAGUUCAACUAUGAGAUGGCGCGCUGCGAGUACUGCAAGAUUGAGAAGCCAGCCAAGGAGCUCAAGAGAAUCAACAAUAGGGACUACACCUUCUGCAGUGAAGGCUGUAAGCUGCUCUACAAGCACGACCUGACCAAGCGCUGGGGGAAACACUGCAGAACCUGUGCCUACUGCGCCUCUACCGCGCAGGAGGCCGUCACGGGCCAGUACGGAGGCAAGGUGGAGGAGUUCUGCUCGGAUGAGUGCAAGUCCCACUACACCCUGCUCUUCUGUCAGGUGGCCAAGUGUGACGCGUGUGAGCGCCAGGGGAAGCUGAUUGAGACCCUGCCGAUGCUGGGCGAGGUGAAGCACUUCUGCAACCUCCAGUGUCUGCUCGACUUCUGCAGCCUGCAGACCCAGGGCAUGCCCCAGGGCCUAAAGGUGGCCAUGUCAAUCGCUCAAUCCCCCUCCAAUACUACUACUGCUACGAGCGGGUCUGAUCCCGUCAUCGCCAACGUAGUCUCACUCGCCAGCUCCCCCAUUGGCCAGUCCAACUACACCACUGCUCUGCAAGGGACUGUUCCAAGAAGACAUGUGAAGUAUGUUGGAAAUGCCAGCACACAGACUCGGGCCCCUCCACCCAAGGUUCAGAAGAACAAGGCACUACUCUGUAAACCUAUGGUCCAGAACAAGGGCAUCAUGUGUAAACCCAACUUCACCACCUCAGGGUGCCAGACAGAUGAUAAUUUCCCCAAGGUGAUCGUAGUGCCUGUCCCAGUACCGGUGUAUGUUCCAGUCCCCAUGAACCUGUACACCCAGUACGCCCCCCAGCCUGUUGGACUCCCCAUACCGCUGCCCGUGCCCAUGUUCCUGCCGGUGACUCUGGACAACGCUGAGCGCAUCGUGGAGACCAUCCAGGACAUCAAGGAGAAGAUCCCCUCUGACCCGUUUGAGGCAGACCUCAUCCUCAUGGCCGAGAUGGUAGCCGAGGAGGGGAGGGAGAAGUCCCCGCAGCGACCCCCUGAAAGGCCAGCCCCAGCAGUACAAGAUGAUAUGAGAAGUUUGCCUCGCCUCUCUACUAUAGAUUCUUCUUUUUUAACCCUUAUUGUAGACCAGGGAAGCACCUACAGUGGAGACCUGGACACAGAAGAAUUGAGUAACUUCCUCACCUCUUGGCACGACGAGCCACCUCCCACCCCCGGCGUCUCCUCGCGCCACAGUCGACCCUAUGCCCACGAGACGCUCCGACCCAUCAUGGACAUCCACACCCCCAUCACACCCCCACCCCCAAUCAUGGACAUAGAGGCCGACUUCCCUGUCCAAACCCUGGAGCUGAUGGCCCAUUGGAGGGAUCAGGAGAGGGAUAAAAGUCCCAGUCCUCCACCUUCUCCUCCACGACGAAGAGCCAGAAGGAAAGCUCGGGAUGGCUUGCCACAGAAGAAAAAGAGGCGUAAGUCAAAAGCAGCAGAGACUGCGUCAGUGGUGGCGUCACUGGGUGAGGCGCAGAGUGACGUGGUGCCUGGCGAGCCCCCUAAACUGCAGCACAUGUACGGGGUAGACGCCUGGAAGAGAUGGGUCCAGUGGAGCAAGACCCAGCCAGACCUGGAGAAGCCUCGAUUUGGCUCGCGACCAAUGGAGAUAAAAGAGGAUGUUUUAAAGUGCACUACAGCAGAGCUGGGCUACGGUCUCUGUCGGUUUAUUUGUGAAGUCAAACGACCCAACGGAGAGUCCUACAGCCAGGACAGUCUGUUCUAUCUCUGUCUCGGCAUCCAGCAGUACUUAUUUCAGAAUGGGCGCAUGGAGAACAUAUUCACUGAUCUCUUCUAUGGCAAGUUCACCCUGGAGAUCACCAAGCUGCUGAAAGGCUUCAAACCUACCAUAACGGCCAGUGGCUACCUGCACUCGCGGGUGGAGGAGGAGUACCUGUGGGACUGUAAACAGCUGGGGGCCUACUCUCCCAUCGUGCUGCUCAACACGCUGCUCUUCUUCUGCACCAAGUUCUUCCAGUUCAAGACGGUGGCUCAGCACCGCCAGCUCUCCUUCGCCCACGUCAUGCGCUGCACCAAGUCCAUCCACGACAACACCAAGUCCAACUUCCUGCGCUUCUACCCGCCCAUCCCCAAGAAAGACCUAGCUACUGAGACAGCAGCGGAUGUAGAUGGUGUGGCAGCGAAGAGGAAGAGGGAUGACGAGGAGAAAGAGGAGGUGCUGGAGAUGAUGGAGAACAGUGAGAAUCCCCUCCGCUGUCCUGUCCGAUUGUACGAGUUCUACCUUUCCAAGUGCUCGGACUCGGUAAAGCAGCGCACCAACGUGUUCUUCCUGCUCCCGGAGCGCUCGUGCGUCCCCAACAGCCCCAUGUGGUUCUCCUCCCAGGGCCUGGACGACCACACCUUGGACACCAUGCUGACACGCAUCCUCACCGUCAGGGAGAUUCAUCUGGGAGACCCCCAGAGGAACAAGCCCCAGUCCAAGGACCCUGAGUGGGUCCCCGACCAACAUGACGACAACUCGGAUUGACCAUGAGGACUGGUACACACACACACACACACACGUACAGUUAUAAGCUUUUUGUUUACACACAAACACUACGUGUUGAUCCGAAAGGACUCCUAGAAUCCACCUUCAGCUGUGUGUGAAGAGGAGUGGGUCCACACAGUUCUAGACUGAGACGGUGUCAUGUACACACAUUGUGUAGGAGAUGUGUGUACAUGCAAAUUAUAAACAGAUGCUCAACUGCUCAAUGGAGACACUGUUCAUGCUGUCUGGUCACUACAAGGCAAAUGGAUGGGGAAAAGUAGGAGGAAUCACUUUAAGAACUGCCAUACUGCCUUUGUCAGCAUUAUUGUGGUCGUAGAGAAAAACAAGUCCGGGUUAACAAGCUAUUUUCAAGUUCUUUAACGUCACCAUAGGAGAGAGACGAUGCUCUCCAGCCCUCUUCAACAUGGACUCCGAUUGGGGAAAUGGUCAAAAGCUUUUAAGAAUUUGGGAUCCCAUAUCUGACCAGGUCCUGUACUGCUGAAUUCAAUAUUCCCUGUCUUUCUUUAUUGGGUCACUGCAGAAAUGACAAUGGAUUGAAAUGAAUGCCAGUGAUUGCAAUGUCAUUCAGCCAUGUCGGCGAAGUUGUUUGAGAUUUUGUGUGUCAAAGGGAUUAGCCUCGUUGCUUUGGGAAUGAGAUAAUAUUGUACGAACAACGAGUGAUAUACCUUGCUAUCAGUGGUGUUGUCCAUUGCCUACUAAAAUUGAUGGCUGGCAGACAUUCCUUGAGUUGACUGUUAUAUUGAGUCAUUUCAACUUGUUAAAAUGCUUGAUGUCAGUGCCCCUACACGCAUGUAUAAUGUUGAAGGAAAAAAAUGUCAUUCUGUGUUUCCUUAUGUAGAACACGUUUGUUAAUUUGGAAAGACAAGCAUUUACCUUGCAAGUGCUCCUCAUACUAGUUCAAAAUUGCAUUGAUUUUGUUCUGAGAAACUUUUUUUUUAAAUAAAAUAUUUUUAAAUAAAUACUGAAA